AUGGCCAAAGACGGCAAUUUUGACCAUCUUCUAUCAAUUACCAGCAGAAGCAGAACCAACAGCAGGUCCUUUUACCCAGCAGCGUCACGUCUACGAACGCUCAAGGCGAUCCGAGAGCUCAAGAUGCUACAGUACGCUGGAGCUGAGCCAGCUCCAGCUCCAAUACCAGCACCGACAAGGACAAACGAAGAACUUAACCUCGCCGUCCUCCGGCGGCAUGACCCAUCUAUCUCCUCGAUUCUCUCUCUCGCACAGUACGCAGUCGUCUACCAUUUCAACGCAACAACGCAGUUAUGGGAGAAGAUCGGGGUUGAAGGGACACUAUUCGUCUGUCAACUUACACAAGGCGAACUAGGCGAAGAGCGAUACAGCGUGUUCCUUCUUAACCGGCGAGGAAUGAACAACUUCGACGUCAAACUGUCGACGGGAGACGAUAUCGAGAUCACAGAAGAGUAUGUGAUAUUGAAAGUUGACGAGCACAGUAGAGGCCCAGAAACCCAGGAGAAAGGUGCAAUAGUGACAUCGCCAGGUCAAAAAGCAAUGAUAUAUGGAAUAUGGAUAUUUUCAGAACCACCCCCAAGCUCAACGGCGGAUGCGAGGUCGAUAAAUGCGCAAGUAAUCAAAGAAUGCGCGGUUCAUGCGGGUGAGAGCAGGAAACUUGCUGAAGAACGACUAGCUGCGGAAAGAAACCGGACUGCCACGCAACAAAAUAUGUACACCGGCGACACAGGCAAUGGUGAGCAUGCGCAGGGUGGCAUACCCAUGGGUAGACAGAUUUCGCUGAAGGAACUGUUUGGGCAACAGAGAGCACAAGAUGAUGAGUGGAGUGUCAAGGUGCAUAGUCCGGUGCCGGGGAAUGAAGGGCCACCCACCAUGCCAUUCCCUCCGUCCUCUCAUCAACCACCACUUCCUCAACACCCGGGGAGCUGGGGACCAGCGCAACCAUACCCCUCAACUGGAAACGAUGUGUUGGGAGAGCUGUUCCGCAGUGCAAGUAUGAAUUACCCAAGGCAAUAA